CCUUGAAACUAAUUUUGGUUGACUUUUUUUUUUCCCCCUUCAUUUUUUUAUUUUUAGUUGUUUUUUGGGUUCAAGAUCGUAAUUUUAACAUACCCAGAUGGUCAAAAUUUGAUUUUUUUUUUUUUUUCUUUUGGUUUGGUAAUGGAUAAUUGUUAUUCUUGUUGGUGAUCAUCUGGGGUUGGUGUAUUUAUUGAAAGAAGGAGAGAAAAGGUGAAAAGGACUCAUCUUUCAAGAGAGGUUGAGAUGGGUUGCCUUAGAUGCAAGACAACUUAAGUUUUUAUAUAUGAUAAAAGGUUCACCUUUUUAGGUUUUUUCUUGUGAUUGUUUGUAGGUGUGGUUUUGCUUUUUCCUAGGUUCUUCUCAUUGCUUCUUUAGCUUUAACUUCUUGGGUUUGCAGAUAAAAAGUUUUGAUUUUGAUUUUCUAUUUAAGGGUAGGUGAUUUGGAUACGAUUUGAGUAGUCUAAAAAAACAAAACAAAAAAAAGUUUAAGAAUUUGAUUAGUUUGUGUUGUCUUUCUGAAACUCAAGCUGCUAGUUAAGUUUUGAAAUUUAGAUUAUUGAAGGAUUAGAUCCAUUAUUUGACACUAGAUCUGGUGACCCUUUUGCACCUAACUUAUUUUAACUCAUUUGCACCUUUAAUUUGAUCUUGUUAGUGUAGUUUGUGCUUAGUCUAUGUAGAGCUGAGAAGAGAUUGGUGAAUCAAUGAGGUUUGUUGUGAGGGAAGAGUUGGUGUUAGAACCUGCUGGCUUUAUUUCAUAUUCAUGGCUGGAAGGCGAUGAGGAAGAUGAAAAUUGGUAGAUCGUGUGAGAUUGGGGAGAUUUAGUAGUGAUUGUUUUUAAGUAGAAGUGAGGGUAUUGAUGGAAGAGAUGUCUCCAGCUGUUGCAUUGACGCUUAGUUUUGGUAGUUCUAUGAGUGAUACCUCAGGACUUGCUACCCACAUGGAAAUCACACGACUGAAGCUUGUAAAAGAUGCUGCAAACUUAUUGUCAGAUUCUAAUAAGUUGGUGUCUGAAGAUUCUGUUUCUGGUGCCAAUGGAAGUUGUAGUGAUGCUAUUUGUGAAGUUACCAAAGUAAUACCGUCAGAACCAGAAGGGCUUCAGGAAAGUGAGGAAGAUGAAAUUUUAUCAGUCGUGGAAGAUCCAAAUGGUGUUAUCAAUGAGGGUUUGGUCGUUUUGGACCCAGGUUCUGAAAUAAACCUGCCAAAAUCAAUGGAAAUUGAUAAUGGUCGAGUACUUGCUAAGGCAAUUAUUUUGGGAGAUUCAAGCGUUGAACAGGUUCCCACAGCUGAAGUCCUUAUUACUCCCGUGAACCCAGAUGCAAAAAGUUAUGAUUGUUUAAAGUCCUCUGCAGUGGUUAUUCAGUUGCCUACCAAGAAAAAUCUUGCUAGAGAGGCUAGCAGGAGUAUUUUUGAGGUGGAUUGUAUUCCCCUUUGGGGUUCUGUGUCUAUUCGUGGAAGAAGACCAGAAAUGGAGGAUACUGUUGCUGCAGCCCCUUGCUUUAUGAAAAUUCCUAUGAAAAUGCUUAUUGGCGAUCGUGAUGGAGUGAGCCAAAGUUUGAACGGCCUGACCAGUCACUUUUUUGGGGUUUAUGAUGGCCAUGGGGGCUCUCAGGUUGCUAACUAUUGUCAUGACCGAAUCCAUUUGGCCUUGGCUGAGGAGAUUGAAAUGGUUAAGAAUGAUUUGGCUGAUGUAAGUACUAAGGAAAGUCGGCAGGUGCAAUGGGAAAAGACCUUCACUAGUUGUUUUCUUAAAGUUGAUGACGAGAUUGGGGGAAAUACUGGUGGAUGUGAUGAUGGAGAUGCUUCUGAUGUCAGUUUUGCAGCUGUCGCCCCAGAAACUGUUGGCUCUACAGCUGUAGUGGCCUUAGUCUGUUCAUCCCAUAUCAUAGUUGCAAACUGUGGUGAUUCAAGAGCUGUCCUAUGUCGUGGCAAAGAAUCCAUGGCUUUAUCAGUAGAUCAUAAACCAAACAGAGAAGAUGAGUAUGCAAGGAUUGAAGCAUCUGGAGGCAAGGUCAUACAAUGGAAUGGACACCGUGUUUUUGGAGUUCUUGCAAUGUCAAGGUCCAUCGGUGAUCGAUACUUGAAACCAUGGAUUAUUCCAGAGCCGGAAGUCAUAUGUAUACCACGAGCUAGAGAGGAUGAAUGCCUUAUUCUAGCAAGUGAUGGGUUGUGGGAUGUUUUGUCAAAUGAGGAAGCUUGUGAAGUUGCUCGAAGGCGGAUUCUGUUCUGGCACAAGAAAAAUGGGGUUCCGCCUCUUGCCGAAAGGGGCAAAGGAGUUGACCCUGCAGCACAAGCAGCAGCGGAUUACCUUUCGAUGCUUGCUCUUCAAAAGGGAAGCAAAGACAACGUUUCUGUGAUUGUGGUGGACCUGAAAGCUCAAAGGAAGUUCAAGAGCAAAUCUUGAAUUAGGUUUCACCGUUCACAAGUCAUCAUCUAGCUGAAGUCUAUAUACUUAUAUAUUAGAAAAUAGUACGUCUAAUGAAAUACAUAGUUUGGUCCAUUCCUUUUUCUCAUGGGCUUAAUGUGUGUACAACAAUAGAAUCUAGUCUGUACUGUAGCAAGUGUAUCAUCUGAAUGACAUAGUACUUUGGUGACCUUGGUAUGCCACCAUGCCAUUGCCUGCUGCUUAUUAUCUUUAUGUAAAUUUGAGCUCUUUUGCAGUUGUUAGUUGAUUACUAAGAGAAUUUUAUGGUCUCCUGCUUAAGAGAAGAUACUUGGCAAUUUUAUCCAUUUUCACCUUCAUGAA